AUGAUCGACAAGAAGGACCCAAAAUCCUUCAUGCAAUUUACCGAACAGGACAUUGAGAAAAUCCUUGCAGAAGAUCCCCUACUACGACGUUGUGGCCUUCUAGAACAGGACAAGACGACCAAAAAGGUUUUCCUUGUCAGCGAGGGACAGUACACAUUUCGGGUCAAUGCUCAGCAAAAAGUUGAGGUGACACAGAAGACAAAUGCUAAGAGCAAUCACUCACCCUGA